CUCGGUGCUUCAACCAGCCACCACGCUUGAGGCGAUCUUGUCUUCUCCUCGCUUAGCCGCCACUAGCCCAGGUCGCGCGGACAUAUCGCGUUGUCCUGUAUCUGCCAACUCUAUUCUUUCUUGCAGGCAGCGCCGGCGAGGCCGACCUAACACUCGACAAUGCCACCGACUUCCCAGUCUCCGAGACGGAAACGAAUCCGCAAAUACUUCUCUGCCUCGGCUGCAACGGGCGCAAGAUAUGCAACGAAGCUGAACGCACACUCAGCCACAUCGUCUGCGACGCGUUCGCGUCGGAGAGGGUCCUCAACAUCCAGCCGUGGCUUCCCUUUCUCGCCCGAGCGGAACAGCGACGACUCAGGCGUCGAGGAUGAUCACUCGUAUCCUGUCUCAGACAAUGACCGCUCAUUCCGUCAAGCCAGCUCUGAGAUUGACAGAGGGAGGACGCCAUUGGCGUAUGCUUCUCUACCUCCUACGCCUAUUACCUCGUCCCCGCCGCUGCAGGCAUCCCCGCCCUCCUUCUCUCCGUCCAUGCCGUCCUUCUCUUCCGCUGAACUCUACCACGACCCGCCAUUCUCAAUAUGGGAUUAUCUGCGGGAGGAAUUGCUUGCCAUAGACUUCGACUCGCAUCAGGAGCUGAAAUGGGAACGGGUGAGCAACUUUUUGAACAUGCCACUUGCCUUGGAGAAGAUGUUCUUCUUUGGGUUUAUCGUUUGCUUCGACUCUUUCCUGUAUACCUUCACCAUCCUGCCGAUCCGGUUCGCUCUGGCCGUGUGGCGCCUGUUAUUGAACACGAUCACUCGGUCAGAGAAGCCCUUGCCUCCGUCGCAGAAAGCAGACAUCCUACGGACACUACUCUUACUCGUCUCUGUUGUCAUCCUCGCACCUUUGACCGACGCCAGCAAGAUAUACCACUCCAUCCGCGGACAGGAUACCAUCAAACUGUAUGUCAUCUUCAAUGCACUUGAAAUUGCAGACAGGCUAUGUGCAUCGAUAGGACAAGAUAUCCUAGACUGUCUGUUUUCGCGUUCAACGCUGGAAGUCAUAUCACAUCACAAGAAACCGACAUCGUACAUAUUCCGACCUGUCGUGUUCUUUGCGCUCGCCCUCGUAUACAAUGUCGCGCACACCCUGGUCAUGAUCUACCAGAUGAUCUCGCUGAACGUCGCGGUCAACUCCUAUGACCAUGCACUGCUCACCCUCCUGGUGUCCAAUCAGUUCGUUGAGAUCAAGGGCAGCGUGUUCAAGAAAUUCGAGAAGGAUAAUCUUUUCCAGAUCACAUGUGCUGACAUCGUCGAGCGCUUCACGCUCGCGCUGAUGCUGCUUGUCGUGGCAUUCCGGAACCUUAUCGAGCUCAGCGGGUCGUCGUUCGAUCUCAGCGAGGGUAUUACGCUGCCGAAGAGCUUUGGCUGGUUCAGGGGCAAUAACGUUCUCUGGACGAUCUCAUACCCUGUGUUAUCAGUGAUGGCCUCCGAGAUGAUCGUCGACUGGCUCAAGCACGCGUUCAUCACGAAGUUCAACCACAUACGCCCGUCAGUCUACGAGCGCUAUACGGACGUGCUUUGCCGGGACCUGGCCAGUGGGAGCGCUGUAGGCCGGAGGGGAGCGCGCAAGCACACCUACGUCGACCAAUCGCCUCUCGUCGCACGUCGCUUAGGCUUUGCGUCGGUGCCACUGGCGGUCCUCGCAAUCCUCAUCGGUUCGCAGUCGAUCAACCUCCUGAUCUCUAUGCACGCGGACAGCGACGUCCCUUGGAUCUGGAACCGCUCUUACGAGGACAUCUCGACCGACGAGUGGAUCAAUGCUGCGAAAUGGACUGCCCUAGCUGUCCUGCUCUGGUUCUGCUUCGUCGUUAUCAAGAUCAUCAUGGGCGUGCACCUCCUGAGCUAUGCCACCCGCCGGCGCGCGGGCAUGGAGGCGCGCGAGGCAGCGGACGUCGUGAACGACUUCGGGCGCGACCCGAUCGGCGAAGGCAAGGAAGAGCAGACGUACAACAAGGAACUCAAGACAAUUCUGGACGAUGUCCGCGACGACGCGACACCUGUGCCCGACAUCGGGGAGCGUAACCCUGGGGGGAACCCAGGCAAGAGCGGCAAAAAGAAACGGCUGCCAUUGGAGGAGAUUACGCGGUUUACGAUGGUGAAGCGAAUAUGGUAGACGGGUGGGUGGCUGCAGGAAGUGGCAGCGGGUUGUAGUAUAUUUACGAUCUCAUGAUCCUGUUUAUCCAUCCAGUCUUGACGUCUUCAUGAUAUAUAAGCUCUGCGGACACCCAGG